AUGAUCACACAUCAAAUCCAAUUCAUACGAAAAGCGACACAAAUAUUGGUUUUGAACGACGAGGGAAAGUGUCUGGGAUUGGGAUCCUAUGAUGAGCUCCAGUCCCGGGGCUUAGACUUCAUGUCUAUUCUCAGCGAUCAGGAGAAGGAAGCGGCCAACAAGAAGGCAGAGGCGGAGGACAGGGAACUAAAGCGUACGAGCACUUCAGUGGCCGAGAGUUUGAUGAUUUUAAAUGAUGAAGAGAUAGAAAACGACCCGAAAAUUGCUGACGAGGGCCGGGAAACGGGUUCAAUAUCGGGAAAAGUAUAUUGGACGUUUAUCAAGGCAGGUGCCGGGCCAAUACUUGAUGAGCAGAACAGAGAUGUGAUUAUCUACUCCUCAAUGAUGGCCGCGCUGUUCAUCGCAUCCCUAUUGAGAGCCAUCACAUGGUUUGUAAUGUUUAUGAGGGCUUCAGUUAAUCUCCACAACACUAUAUUCUACCGUUUAUUACGGGCCCCGAUAUCUGUGUUUGAUAGCAACCCAGUUGGGCGAAUACUAAAUCGCUUCACCAAAGACUUGGGCAUCGUUGAUGAGCAAUUACCUACCACUGCCUUUGACCUAAAUUUGAGUAUGACUCAAGGAUUGGGAGGAAUAAUCAUGAUCGCAAUUGUCAACCCAUAUCUAAUAAUACCAGCAUUUAUUCUGAUUGUAGUAAUUGUAGCUGUGCGGUCCGUAUACAUCAAGUCAGCUAGGGACAUUAAACGGGCCGAAGCUCGGAGUCCAGUGUUUUCACACGUGAGCACUACAUUCAAUGGGUUGGCCAGUGUUAGGGCCUUUGGGGCGCAGGAGGUGUUUGAAAAACAAUUUUACGUAUACCAAGAUUAUCACUCGGCCACCUGGAUGCUCGUCACCACUGCCAACCGUGCAUUUGGUCUAAUCAUAGAUUGGUUCUGUUUUCUCUAUACAGUAGUAAUAUUUGCAGUGUUUAUGGUAUUUCCCGGUCAGUUGGGAGCGGGAGAGGCGGGACUCGCUUUAUCAUCAGCCCUAAUGUUGACGGGAAUGACUCAAUGGGGAGCCCGACAGUCGGCGGAGAUGGAGAGUCAGAUGACUUCAGUCGAGCGCAUCAUUGAGUACUCAAAACUACCACAAGAGGCGGCCCUCACAGCACAUGAUAGUCGUAAACCCCCUUCCGAUUGGCCACAGAAGGGACAGAUAGAGCUCAAGGAUAUGAGUUUGUGUUACGAGGGAUCAGACAAACCGGUGCUCAAGAAUUUGAAUUGUGUUAUAACAAGUGGAGAGAAAAUAGGGAUCGUUGGGCGGACGGGCGCCGGCAAGUCGUCCAUCAUAUCAGCGCUGUUUCGUAUGGUUGAGCCAAAGGGGGAGAUAGUUAUGGACGGCAUUAACACUGGAUCUAUUGGUUUGCAUGACUUGCGUUGUGUGCUGUCAAUCAUACCUCAGGAUCCGGUGGUCUUCACGGGAAGUGUGAGAAGAAAUUUGGAUCCUUUCGGCGAAUACAGCGACCAAAGGAUAUGGAGUGCCUUAAGCCAGUUCUCGCCGGAGAUCUCUACCUGUUGUUUGCCCUGCGAUGCGAUGCAUAUACGGUCGCUGAUGGCCUCUACCACUGCGAACGCCCAGCACGAGCCUUAA